CCGACCGAACCCAGCUGUGUGUUUCCAGCAGCGAGAGGGAAGAAGAGAGAUAGACAUGGCUACCGUGACUUUCAACUUGAUCGGAACCUUUAAAAGCCUCUCGCUGUCGAGCUCGUUUCUUCGGGGAGAUCGGAGGCAACUCAGCGCCGGCUGUGGUGCUGCCGUGUCACUUCCGGCGAGGUUGCCGAUGACAAUUGAGUCAGCUCACAAGAAAGGUGCGGGAAGCACGAAGAAUGGGAGGGAUUCGAGUGGGAAGAGGCUUGGCGUCAAGAUUUACGGCGAUCAGACUGCGAAGCCGGGGGCUAUUAUUGUGCGCCAAUGCGGGACUAAGGUUAGUGGAGAUUCCUCCGGCGGUUUGACCCUAUGUUAGGGUUUUUAAGUAACG